AUGAAGCUCACUUUUAAGGAUCUCAAACAGCAAAAGUUCCUCAUUGAUGCCGAGCCGUCUGAUACUAUCGGUCAGCUCAAGGAAAAAAUCACUGCCGAGAAGGGAUGGGAUGCCUCGCUCCAGAAGCUCAUCUAUUCAGGCAAAAUCUUGCAGGAUGAUAAAACGGUAGAAUCCUACAAUAUCGAGGAGAAAGGCUUCGUAGUCUGCAUGGUAUCAAAGCCCAAGGCCACACCUGCAGCAGCUUCAAGCUCUAAGGCUGCAGCCACCCCAGCUAAAGUUCCCUCAACACCUGCGCAACCCACUGUACCAGCAACCCCUCUGCGCCAGCUCAAUCCGCUGCCGCUAGUUCCUCCAGUUCUGCCGUUCCGGAGACCCCAACACCCGCCGGCUCAGGUUCUGCAGCCCCUUCCAACUUCAAUGAUCCUUCAGCGCUUGCUAUGGGAGGAGACGGCGAACAGGGCUGUGGAUUAUCUCCUAAACGGUAUUCCUGAUCAUGUCCAGCAAGAGAGACAACCUCAGUCACCAGCUACUCGUCCCGCCGCUCAAGCAUCAUCUGCCCCACGAUCGGCUGCUCCAGCUGGAGGAGAUGCUUCGGCAGCUUCAAAUCCAGAGAAUAUCAACUUGUUUGAAGCCGCCGCCGCCGCUGCUAGCCAGCGCUCUGGAGGUGGUACUCGUGGUGGAACUGGAGCUGGAGGACUUGGAAAUCUUGAUUUCCUCCGCAACAACCCGCAGUUUCAACAACUUCGCCAAGUUGUUCAACAGCAACCACAAAUGCUCGAGCCAAUCUUGCAACAAGUUGGGACAGGAAACCCUCAACUCGCUGCUUUAAUCAGUCAGAAUCCGGAUGCGUUCUUGCAGUUGCUCAGUGAAGACCCUGACGAUGGUGAGGGUGCCCCGUUGCCGCCAGGUGCUCAGCAGAUCGCAGUCACUCCUGAAGAAAGAGAUGCUAUUGAGAGACUAUGCCGUCUGGGUUUUGACAGAGACAUGGUAAUUCAAGCGUACUUCGCUUGUGAUAAAAACGAAGAGCUUGCAGCCAACUUCUUGUUCGAGCAGCCUGACGAUGAUAUGGAGCCGUAG